GGGGAAGGUAGGGACGGGGAGGGGGGGGGUGUCGCCAUUUUGGACGGAGGCGGAGAGGCGGCGGCGGAGGCUGCGGGCAGCCCAUCAUCAGCACAGUAAGCUGAAAGCUGAAAAAUAAAUUUGGGAAGGUGGCAAGAACUCCAACCCAUCUUGGCUGCUGGGAAAGGCCUGAAGAGUCCCGUGGAGCUCGUGGGGGCUGCUGAGGGGUCAUGGGGAACACCACCAGUGAGCGUGUGUCUGGGGAACGCCACGGCUCCAAGUCCCAGCGCGGAGAUGGCUCGGGUGCCCCCCACCCUGCCAAGGAGCACCCACACAAGAUCAUGGUGGGCAGCACCGAUGAUCCAAGUGUUUUCAGCUCCCACGACUCCAAGAUUCCUGGGGACAAGGAGUUUGUGUCAUGGCAGCCAGAUUUGGAGGAGUCAGUGAAACCAUCCCAACAAGCCCGACCCACUGUCAUCCGCUGGGCUGAUGGAGGCAAAGAGGUCUUCAUCUCUGGAUCUUUCAACAACUGGAGCACCAAGAUCCCUCUCAUCAAGAGCCACAAUGACUUUGUUGCUAUCCUGGACCUCCCAGAAGGAGAGCACCAGUACAAAUUCUUCGUGGAUGGUCAGUGGGUCCAUGACCCAUCUGAGCCUGUGGUCACCAGCCAGAUGGGCACAAUCAACAACCUGAUUCAUGUCAAGAAGUCUGACUUUGAAGUCUUCGAUGCCUUGAAGGUGGAUUCCCUGGAGAGCUCAGAAACCUCAGGUCGGGACUUAUCCAGCUCACCCCCUGGUCCUUAUGGCCAGGAGAUGUACGUGUACCGGCCUGAGGAACGCUUCAAAUCUCCCCCCAUCCUCCCACCUCACCUCCUCCAGGUCAUCCUCAACAAGGACACCAAUAUCUCGUGUGACCCAGCACUGCUGCCAGAACCCAACCAUGUCAUGCUCAAUCACCUCUAUGCUCUCUCCAUCAAGGAUGGAGUGAUGGUGCUGAGUGCCACGCACAGAUACAAGAAGAAGUAUGUGACCACGCUGCUGUACAAACCCAUCUGAGCCAGGGCCUUGCCUGCCCCCCACCACAGGACACCAAACGCCGCUUUGUCUGCACACGCUGGGCCCCAGGACUGUGUCACAACUGGGCUCUGGCUCCAGCUUCAAACCUGGCAGGGACACAGGCCCUGGUGAUGAGCCCAGGGCCCCUGGGGCCUCUGACACCAUCCCCUCCUACUGAUGUGGUUUGAUUUAACCCUUGGUUUCCAACCCACCCACAGCUCCCUUUGGCUUCUCUAAGUCUGAAGCCACUUUGCUGCUCACACCAGAAGAGCCUUUCCUGGUGCCCAGCACAGAAAGGUCUUCACUGUACCCAUCUCCUCCAGCCUCCAAGAGCCCCAAAAUGAUCCUGGCAGUGCCCCCAGGAACACGUCCUACCUGCUGAAGGUUGCUGUGCUGUCCUGGUGAUGAUCCUCCAAGGCCACCUUCAUCCCAUGGAGCUCUAAGGACACCUCGGCCUGCCACCUGCCACCUCCUGUCUCGCAGCCAUCUUUGGAGCUGUCCCCCUCCUUGUGGCCCCCAGUUUGGAGGUGGGGUCUCUCUGCUCAGGCUGCUGCCCCAGCCCCUCUGCCAGAUUGAGCAUCAAACCAGCAGGAGGCAGGCGAGUACAGCCGGACACAGCCACGCUUACCCGCGGCCGGAACAGAACCCUCAUGGACCGAACUGCUGCCCCCUCCCCAGUACACAGCGCUUCUGUGGGGCAGAGCUGACUCUCCCAAGCCCAAGGGGCACCUGUGCACACCCCUGCUUGGAGGAGGGGUACCCCAGAACCCCCCCGGCUACACCGCCUGCUGUGGAGCAGUGCCACCUGACAGGGUUGUCUCUAUUUAUUACAGUAUUUAUUGUUCUCAGUG